AAAAUACGUCAAUCAAACAAAUGGUGUGAUUGUAGUCUUUUUUCUUUUCUAUCUUUCCCUAUCUACAUAUUUAUAACAUCACCUACGUGAAAUCUUUCCGAAUAAUAAUCGUAAUGCACAUAAUAAUUAUUUAUUAAGAAAACAAUCGAUCGCGUCAUCGUACAAUAUUGUACACAAAUCAACUAAUCAUGUUUUCGCGUAAAAUUUAUAAUUAGCCGUCUCUGCCAAAAGUAGUCGCAAUUUCACAAUAGCCUGCAUAAUCAUGAAUUUCGACGAUAGCGCGAGUAGUGGCUACGCCACGGCGGAAACCGUUUACGGAACUCACGAGGAUAGCCAUCUAGUGAUGUCGGAGAAGGUCCAGUCGCUCGCGGGGAGUAUCUACCAGGAGUUCGAGAAAAUGAUAGCGCGGUACGACGAGGACGUGGUGAAAACACUGAUGCCGUUGCUAGUGAACGUGUUGGAAUGUCUGGACUCGGCCUACCAGACCAACCAGGUGCAUGAAGUUGAACUGGAACUAUUGCGGGAGGACAACGAACAGCUGGCCACGCAGUACGAACGCGAGAAGUCCGCUAGGAAGCACUCCGAGCAAAAGUUGCUCGAAGCUGAAGACCACUAUGAGGGUGAAAGGAAAGAUCUGACGGGGCGGCUGGAGGCUCUGGACAGCAUUGUUCGUAUGCUAGAGCUGAAACACAAGAAUUCUUUAGACCAUGCAAGCAGACUCGAAGAAAGGGAAAAUGAACUUAAAAAGGAAUAUGCGAAACUCCACGAGAGGUACACGGAGCUCUUCAAAACUCAUAUGGAUUAUAUGGAACGUACCAAGUUAUUAUUGAGUACGACAAGCGAUCGCAGUGAAGUCCGCGGUCGUCUCGGUCUUAACCCUGUUGGAAGAUCUAGCGGUCCCAUAUCGUUUGGAUUUGCGUCGCUGGAAGGCUCUCAAGUGGAACAGACGGAGAGCAUACCCGGCAGUCCUGUCAGUUUGUCCUCAUCACCUCCCACACCUCCUAUUGGAGCGGAAUUAGCUGCAGUUAGGACGGUUGAACGCGCCCAUCAAACAGACCCUAUCAGACAGCAUAGUCAAGCGACGUCGCCAGUUGCUCCACCAGCUGGCUCUGGUCGGUCACAGACCAAGAGCGAGAAAAGAAGUGGGAACACACUGUAUCAGGAAUUAGCUUUCCAUGAUACCGACGUUACUAUAGCUGAAGUUGAUGAAGGCGCGGAUAUAACAGGGAGCUGGGUCCAUCCCGGAGAGUAUGCGUCUUCGGUUAACGAUAAUUACUUCGGUAUGGGGAAGGAGGUUGAAAAUCUGAUCUUAGAAAAUAACGAAUUAUUGGCAACUAAAAACGCCCUGAACGUAGUAAAGGACGACCUAAUAGUGAAAGUAGACGAACUGACCGGUGAACAGGAGAUACUAAGAGAAGAAGUGUCAGCUCUUAGUGCGGCGAGAGAGAAGCUACGGGAAAGAGUCUCGCAGUUAGAAGAGGAACUGCGCCACCUCCGGGAGGCGGUUGGAGGUUCCCAAGGCCAAGAUGAUGAUGAGGCAGACGUACCAAUGGCGCAGAGGAGAAAGUUCACCAGGGUCGAAAUGGCACGUGUGCUGAUGGAGAGGAACCAGUAUAAGGAAAGAUUCAUGGAGCUACAGGACGCAGUCCGCUGGACGGAAAUGGUGAGAGCCAGCCGUGUCGACUCCACCAUGGAUAAGAAGAGCAAGCAGGGGAUUUGGAAGUUUUUUAGUAAACUCUUCAGCCCGUCCGGGCGGCCGCAGCGGCCGGUGUCGACGCCGCAGCUGCGCGCGGUGGCGGCGCCGCAGCCCGCGCUGCGCCACUCGCGCACGCAGGCCGACUUCCUCGAGACGCAGCUCUCCGACCACCACCACCACCGGCGGCACGACCACGCGCGCUCCGACCAGUUCCGACAGGUACGGGCUCAUGUACGCAAAGAAGACGGGCGUACACAGGCUUAUGGUUGGAGUCUGCCGUGUAAAACUGGCCAAACUCAACGAGAGGCUCUCUCUCUGUCCUCAGGAGGUGUGCCAGUGCCCGUACCCGUGUUUUGUAGGCCGAUAGCGGAAUCCGAACCGCAAAUGACGCUCCUAUGCGCGGCGGGUGUAGACCGUAGAGGCGGACGAACUCCAGACGGUGGUUGUAUGGUGGGUGAUAGCGUGUUCUACGACGGAAGAGGGAAAUCACAGGACGCUAUGUGUCUAGCAUAUGAAAUGAGUAAAGCUCAAGGGGCAAGUUCACCGGAUGUUGAGCAAGGAGACGAGCAACUUCCAACAUCUCCAGAGCCAACCGAGAGCACUCUGUCUUCGCUUGUGUGGAUCUGUGCCAAUACGCAGAAUAAGGGAAUCGUCAUGAUAAUCGACGCAAACAAUCCAGCGGACGUGAUCGAGUCGUUCCCUGUGAGCGACAAACACAUACUCUGCAUCGCUUCAGUACCGGGGGCCCUCGACGAAGACUACCGGGAACUGAGCGAGAGGGACCAGCCCUCCCCUCCGCCCUCACCUGUGCACGCGCAGACCGAAGAGAACAAGCGACACUCGCAAUCUCUGUUCUGCGUGGGUAAGAGUGAGUCAACCGAGAGUCAGAGCAAUGGACCGGCGACUGCAAGCAACGGGCAGAUGGAGAAUGGAAAGAAGAUGGUUAUCGUUGGGAGCACUAGACUUGUACAAGCAACUCUGCUGACACCUCCCAGUACGCCAGUUAAAGAAACGGCCCCUCCACCGUCACAAGCGGAAGAGGUCGCGAACAGCGAGGAUAAAGAAGCGAGCGCGGAGGCGGAAGCGGAAGCGGAACCGGAACCGGAAACCGGUACCGACAGUCCGCCAUUGUCAUCUACACCUAUUAACGCGGUGACCGAAGUUCGGAACUCUCCCGAACCAGGGGUUGACGCGUUCGCUCAAGAGACGGAGUCCCUAAACCAAGAAAAUCAGAGUGAGGAACCACGAGACCGCAAGAUGUCUACCGUUAUGGCUACCAUGUGGCUCGGUACUAAGAGUGGUUUACUCUUCGUACAUUCCGCUGUGGCUAAUUAUAGCAAGUGCUUAGCGAGGGUCAAAUUGAACGAUGCAAUACUAUCGAUCGUGUGGUGUUCAUCGAGAUGUGUGGUAGCGUUAGCGGACGGUACGAUAGCGAUAUUCCAAAGAGCCGCAGACGGACAGUGGGACUUCUCGCAGUACUGGCUCAUGACCCUCGGCGACCCCAAGUGUUCAGUUCGUUGUCUAAGUGCGGUGGGUAAUGUGGUAUGGUGCGGAUACCGGAACUGUGUUCUAGUGGUGGAGCCUCGCUCACGACGCUUGUUACGUUCAUUAGAGGCUCACCCACGACACGAGAGUCAGGUUCGACAGAUGGCGGCACAUAGGGACGGAGUUUGGGUAUCAAUAAAAAUGGAUUCCGCUCUACGUCUCUACCACGCACGCACGUACAAACAUCUAAAGGACGUGGAUAUCGAACCGUACGUCAGCAAGAUGCUGGGUACAGGGAAGCUGGGCUUCUCUCUCGUCCGGAUCACAGCCCUAUUGAUCAGUUCCGGUAGACUUUGGAUAGGAACGAGCAAUGGGGUUGUUAUAUCUGUGCCAUUGUCUGAAACAUUAGUGCGAUCGGGAUCUUUGACUGGCGGCAAUAUCCCACUAUGUUCUAUGGCGCACGCGCAACUCAGUUUCCACGGUCACCGUGAAGCAGUCACCUUCUUCGUAGCUGUCCCUGGAGCGGCUCCUGGGUCACCUGACUCUCCACCACCCCCUCAACCCCAUGGCUCUCCGACCAACCAAUCGGAACCAUCAAGCCCCGCCGCACCCCCCAUGCUUGUCAUAUCUGGGGGGGAGGGUUACAUCGAUUUCAGAAUAGCCGACUCGGAGAUGGAGGAGAGCGUAGUGGCGGCUGAGGACGGGUCGUCGAGUGGGCACAGCUCGCUAGUUGAGCGCUCCGGCCGUAGUCACCUGAUAGUAUGGCAGGUGGCCGCCGCCUAG